AUGCGUCCCGACGAGCACAAAGCAAAGGAAUCACGGCGAUACCAAGCACGUAAAAAGAACCAAGGCGAUGCUACAGCAGCUCAAGUAGCAGAACGACGACGACAAGCAGCCAAAGCGCGUGACAGUGGCAACAGCAUUGCAGCCAUUCGACGACGUAAUGGUGAAUUGCCUUCCUUACAGCAGCAGCGUGAAUCAGCCGAAGCAAUAGCAAAAGCACGUUCGAGCAAGUUUUCUAAAAGGAAGAUUGUCAGCAAUCGUGAUCGCUACAAGGAGAUAUCAGUGCAAGAGCAACUUGAACAGGAUGCCGAGUUGGGUAUUGAUCGUGAAACAACCGAUUUAGUGUCCAUGUUGGAGAAGACAGACGACACUGUAUCUGGAUCCACGUACUUCAAGUUUAAGGAUGAGCAAGAAGAAUUGCCAAAGCAAGACCGUUCCUUGUUCCGAAUUGAUUUUGAUGCGUUCGAAGGUGUAUUAAGCCAAGGCGAUUGCAAAGCUAUUUUGGAUCUCUCGGAGGAAGAUGUCGAUCUGAUUGAUGCAGCCUUCGAUCAACAACCUAUGAUGCCACCAAAACCACUUGUGCCUGCAUUUGUCAAGACCAGCUCGGGUACUGUUCUCUUUAGCAAGCAACAAGUCAUACCAGAAAAGAAGGAACAAGAAGAUGGUAUCUAUGUAAGGAAUGAUCCUUCAAAGCGCACAGCAGCAGCUGCGCCGAAACCUAUGGCAACAACAAAAGCGAAUGAUGAUGAUGGUCUUGAUGAGUUGUUGGCUAUGACCGAGAAUGGCAAGGAAAAGGAAGAGAGCAAGUCAUCGUCAUCAGCAAUCCGCGAGGCAACUUCAUCAUCAUCGCCAUCUCGGAUAAGCCUUCCCCGACCUGGAUCUAUACCCAAGAGUUUACCACGACCAAGUAAAGGCAACACAAAGGCAACACAAAAACCAACAUCAAAGGUAGCUGAUGAAGAUGAAGCUUGGUUGGACGACAUGUUGGGAUGA